AUGGCUGCACCGUAUGAGCAAUCCGCGCAGCAGCCGCCCGGAUCGCUCGGAGAUCUGUCAAACGACGCUGCCUCAAACUCAUGUGGCGCUCGGCGUGCCUUGACGCAUGUAGUGCAGUUGAAGGAUAUUCAUCUGCACGCAUUGCACGCAAUUCGGCACUUUUUGCGGACGCGUAGCAGCUACGACGUGCUCCCCGUGUCGUUCCGGCUGGUCGUGCUUGAUACCAAGCUCACGAUCAGGUCCGCAUUGGACGUCAUGUUUCGCGCAAAUGUCGUUUCAGCACCGACUUGGCGCUCGACGCUAGCCGAAGACGAUCCCGCUUCUACGAAACACGAUCCGUCGUCGUCCAUGUACGAGAGUCGCGCCGAUGGACGACCUGGAUUUUCAGGCAUGAUCACAGUGAAUGACAUUAUCCACCUUAUUCAAUACUACUACCAUACCGCUUCUAAUUACGACUCGGCGAGCCUGGAUCUUGAAACGCUUCGCCUAGAACGCUUGCGCGAGAUUGAGCAGACGCUCGAUGUGCCGCCGCCGCCAUUGCUUUGGAUCGGUCCUUUGCGGUCACUUGCAGAGGCAGGGGAGGUGCUUGUACGCACACAUGCACGGCGUAUUCCCUUGCUGGACCAGGACGAGAAGAGCGGGAUUGAGACAGUGGUGAGCGUCCUUACCCAGUACCGUCUGCUAAAAUUCAUUGCGAUGAACUGCAGAGAGACGAGCGGUCUGCGCGCAAGUAUCGGAUCCUUGGGCAUCGGCACGUUUACCUAUGCACACUUGCUAGAGCGGCGGCGCAGGACGCCUCAUGCUCGCCUGCGCAUGGGUCCGCCGCCGCCCGACCAUGCAUCUCCGUACUGGCCGCUGCAGACCGCGACGCUAGACACGACUGUGUUUGACGUUGUCCACAUGUUUAGCGAGAAGGGGAUCAGCGCCGUACCCAUUCUCGACGAUGCUGGCGACGUCGUUGACCUAUACGAAUCUGUCGACGUAAUUACGUUGCUGCGUACCGGUGCAUACUACCAGUUGGAUCUUACUAUCCGCCAGGCAUUGGAGCGCCGCCCCGCCGACUACGGCGACAUCGCUUGCUGCACCUCGGACGACUCUCUCGCCAACAUUUUCGCUCUCCUCAAGCUGCGUCGCGUGCACAGAGUGCUCGUUCUCGAGCCCCAGGAAGCACUAAGUCCAUUGGCCGCCUCACCGACACCCGCACCUAGUCUGAGACGGUGCGAUUCGACGAGCUCGGAACGAAUGCCCAUCCCUACACGAGCCAAAGGCAAGCUCGUUGGCUUGCUAUGCCUCUCUGACGUGCUGCGCUACAUUAUCGGGAGCCCACAAGGCAGUGCCAAUGUUGGCAACACCCCCGCGUCCAGCUCCACACCCACCACUGCGCAAAGCUCUGAGAACGACUCGCCCAGUUUGGGCACACCGCCAUAG